AUGCAGUUGGCGCAUGCGGCUAGAGCAGCAGCAUUGGAAGCAGAUGCAUCCCCCAUUGCUGAUGCUUCUGCUGGCCUACGUGUGUCUGCUGCUGCCCCACUCGUGCUUGCUGCUGCCCCACUCGUGCUUGCUGCUGCCCCACUCGUGCUUGCUGCUGCCCCACUCGUGCUUGCUGCUGCCCCACUCGUGCUUGCUGCUGCCCCACUCGUGCUUGCUGCUGCCCCACUCGUGCUUGCUGCUGCCCCACUCGUUUUUGCUGCUGCCCCACUCGUGCUUGCUGCUGCCCCACUGAUGCUUGCUGCUGCCCCACUUGUGCUUGAUACUGCCCCACUCGUGCUUGUUGCUGCCCCACUCGUGCUUGAUAAUGCCAGACUCGUGUCUGCUGCUACCCACUCUCCUCCAAUUCCUCAUGAAUAG